AUGUCAUGGAAUGAGACUACUACUGACUGUUGUUUAUGGGAUGGGAUCAAAUGCGACAGGAUGACUGGUCAAGUGAUUGAGCUUGAUCUUAGUUGGAGCCAGCUCUAUGGCACCAUACCACUAAACAGCAGUCUUUUUAGUCUCAGUCACCUCCAGCGACUCAAUCUCGCCUUCAAUGACUUCACUCAAUCAAGGAUUUCUCCUAGUUUUGGGCAGUUUUCAAGUUUGACACAUCUCAACCUCUCAUCCAGUUUCUCUGGAUCAUUCCCAUCAGAAAUCUCCCACCUAUCUAAAUUGGUUUCUCUAGACCUGUUUUCCUAUUAUCAGUUAGUCAAACUUGAACCAUACAAUUUCCAUGUACUGCUUCAAAACCUUACCCAGUUACAAUAUCUUUGUCUUGCCCGCGUGAACAUAUCUUCAGUUGUGCCCAUUUCCUUGAUGAAUCUGUCUUCUUUGACGCAUCUAGAUCUUUAUCAAUCCGGUUUGCAGGGGAAAUUGUCAGAUGAAAUUUUCCACCUGCCAUUAGAAGAGCUCUACUUAGGUUACAAUCCUAAUCUCACUGGAGAGCUACCUGAUUCCGUUGGCUAUCUCAAGUCGUUAAAAUCCUUGUAUCUGACUUAUUGCAACCUCUCGGGGUCCAUACCUAUGUCCCUCGGGAAUCUUACGCAGAUGGCUUAUUUGGCUCUAUCAGGUAACAAUUUUGAAGGCCAAAUUCCCAAUUAUUUUGCGAACUUCACACAAAUGACUGACUUGUAUCUUUCUCAAAACAAUUUCAGUGGUCAGGUCACAUCUAUAUUCUCAAAUCUUGAGCAACUCUGUUUCCUGUAUAUUUCAUAUAACUGUCUUGAAGGCCAAAUUCCCAAUAUUGCCAACCUUUCAAAGAUUGUUUAUUUUAAUAUGAGGGGAAACAAUUUUAAAGGUCAAUUCCCAUGUUGGAUAGCCAACUUGACACAACUUGUUUAUUUAGACAUUGGGGUGAAUGAACUGACUGGUCCGUUUCCCGCCAACUUAAGAGGGCUUUCAAACUCAAGAUAUUUUUACUCAGAUUAUAACUACCAUAGUGGGACGCUGCCGAGUUGGCUGUUUAAUCUUCCAUCUUUGACGUAUUUAUCACUUGCUGCAAAUGAAUUCACAGGUCAAAUCUAUGAAUUUUCAAAUAAGUCAAUGAUUUAUAUUGAUUUGCGUCAUAACAAGCUACAUGGCCCCAUUCCAUCACACCCGAUGAUGGUCGACCUUCUCCUCUCAAACAAUACAUUCACCGGAGAAAUCCCUUCGAUGAUUUGCAAUGUGAGUUCCCUUGAGAUACUUGCUUUGUCUCAUAAUAGCUUGAGUGGUGUAAUUCCACAAUGUUUAGCAAACUUCAGCAAUGUACUCAGUGUGUUAGAUCUUAGGAUGAAUAAUUUUCACGGUAACAUUCCAUCCACAUUUGCAGAGGGGAACAAGUUGAGGAAUAUUGAUUUAAAUGGUAAUCAGUUGGAAGGUUCAGUGCCACGAUCCUUGGCAACAUGUAGACACUUGGAGGUUCUAGACUUGGGAAACAACAAAAUCAACGACGCAUUUCCCUACUGGUUGGAAACUCUUCAAGAGUUGCAAGUCCUAGUCUUUCAAUCCAAUAAAUUCCAUGGUCCCGUGGACUCUUCCAAAACUAAACUCCCCUUCCCUAAGCUUCGAAUCUUUGACCUCUCUCACAACGAGUUUAGUGGCCCUUUGCCAACAACAUAUUUCGAGCAUUUUAAUGCUAUGAAGAUGGUCGAUGAAAAGGCGAAAAGAAGAUAUAUGGGGCAAUCCUAUUAUUCUGAUUCAGUGACAAUCAUGAUAAAGGGGUCUGAGAUUGAACUACAAGGAAUUCUAACAAUCUUCAUGACAAUUGACUUGUCACAUAACAAAUUUAAAGGAGAGAUUCCAAAUGUUGUCGGAAAUCUUGGUGGACUUCGGUUGCUUAACUUAUCUCACAACGACCUUGUUGGCAAUAUCCCUUCAUCAUUGGGAAAUCUAAGAUUGCUUGAAUCCUUGGACCUCUCCUCAAACCAGCUCUCUGGAAAUAUUCCUAGACAAUUGACAAGUUUGACGUUUCUUGAAGUCAUAAAUUUUUCACAAAACCGUCUCGAGGGUCGCAUACCUCGAGGCCACCAAUUCGAAACGUUUGACAAUUGCUCAUACGAUGGGAACCUGGCAUUAUGUGGAUUUCCGCUGUCGAAGGGAUGUGGAGAUAGUAAGACACCACAACUGCAUUCAACACCUAUGUUGCACAAGGAAGAUGAUCCAGCUUUUGCAAGUGAAUUUAAUUGGAAAGUGGUCGGGAUGGGAUAUGGAUGUGGAAUGGUAUUGGGAUUGGUAAUGGGAUAUCUUAUGUUCUUAACUGGAAAACCGAAAUGGUUUGUAAGAAUUGCUGACGGAGAACGAUAUAACAAAGGAAGAAGGUCACACAAGAGUGGUAACAGACAUGGUGGAAGAAGAAAGUAG